CAAGCCGGCGAACUCCACGCCGCCGGCGAGUUUCUCGCCAUCUCUCAAAUGGUUUCUUCAUUCGCAUAAUCCAAAAACAAGCAAUGAAAACACGCUUCCUCUUCUUUCUCUUGUUCAUCCUCACCACCGCCGCUGAAACCACUGAUCCUACCCUCAACGACGAUAUUCUUGGCCUCAUCGUAUUCAAAGCCGACCUCGAAGAUCCCCAAUCAAAGCUCGCAUCUUGGAAUGAAGACGACGUCGACCCAUGCGGUUGGGUUGGCGUCAAGUGCGAUUCGCGCUCUCACCGCGUCGCUGAGCUCUCACUCGACGGUCUCGGCCUCUCCGGAAAGAUUGGCCGAGGUCUUCUCCAACUUAGUUCUCUUCGAAAACUCUCCCUCUCCCGCAACAAUUUCUCCGGCGCUCUCAACCCUGAUCUAACCCGUCUUGAGAAUCUUCACACCGUUGAUCUCAGCGAUAAUGCUCUUUCUGGGCCUAUUCCUAGCAAGUUCUUUUGGCAAUGUCGGUCUCUCCGAUCGGUUUCGCUUGCCGUGAACCGGUUAUCUGGCGAGAUUCCGGCGACUGUUGGCAAUUGCUUGACUCUUGCAUCGUUGAAUUUAUCGUCUAAUUUGAUUUCGGGGAGUUUGCCGAGUGAGAUUUUGUCUUUGUAUGGACUUAGGGUGCUUGAUCUCUCUGUUAAUUUUCUGGUUGGGAAAAUACCGAACGGAUUGGGUCGAAUGUUCAAUCUGAGGACGGUGAGCUUGAAAAGGAACUGGCUUUCGGGAAUAUUGCCUGAUGAUAUUGGGGGCUGCUUGCUGCUCCGCUCGCUUGAUUUGGGGGAGAAUUUGCUCUCUGGUGUUCUCCCGGAGACAAUGCGAAGGCUUACUAUGUGUAGUUAUCUCAGCUUGAGAUCAAAUAACUUCUCUGGAGAUGUGCCGCUGUGGCUUGAAGAUAUGAAGAAUUUGCGAACUCUGGAUUUAUCAAAGAAUGGAUUUUCCGGCGGAGUUCCGGACUCAAUUGGUAGUUUACAGUUCUUGAAAAGGCUGAACUUUUCAGAAAAUAGCUUAACCGGUAGCUUGCCGGAAUCCAUGGGUAGUUGUAGAGGCCUGGUUGUAUUGGAUUUUAGUAGGAAUUCGUUGGUGGGAAGCCUCCCUUCAUGGUUAUUUCAACUGGGACUUCAGAAGAUUCUGCUUUCAGGGAACAACCUCAAUGGGUCUGUUAGAAUUUCCUCAGCCUCAGAGCAGACAUUACAGAUCUUGGAUUUAUCUGCAAAUACGUUUUCUGGUCUGAUUCCGCCGGAAAUUGGGGGGCUAUUGAGCUUGCAGACGUUGAAUUUAUCCCACAAUUUAUUCAUUGGUUCCAUUCCUCUGAUCUUUGGAAAACUGAAGGUUUUGGAGGCAGUUGAUCUUAGCGUAAACCAACUUCGCGGCAACAUUCCACAAGAGAUUGGAGCAGCAGUUUCUCUGAGGGAUCUGAAUCUUGAGAAAAAUUCCCUCAGUGGAGGAAUUCCAAUCCAGAUUGGGAAUUGUUCUUCGCUGACAUCUCUGAUACUAUCACAUAACAAUCUCUCAGGCCCAAUUCCUGCAACUCUAGCCAAACUCACCAGCCUUCAGAUCAUAGACUUGUCACGCAACAACCUCUCAGGAAAUCUUCCAAAAGAACUUUCAGCGCUUCCCCAUCUUCUCUCCUUGAACAUCUCCCACAAUUUCUUUUCCGGCGAAGUUCCGUCCGGUUUAUUCAACAAAAUCUCUCCUUCCUCCCUUUCUGAUAACCCAGACCUAUGUGGCUCUGCAGUCAAUCGCUCGUGCAGCACAGUACUUCCAAAGCCCAUUGUCCUUAAUCCCAACUCUUCCUCAUCCCAUUCCUCCCCGGACUCUGAAUUCUCCCCGGAGAACCUCCGCCAUAAGAAGAUAAUCCUUAGCAUUUCAGCUUUCAUCGCGAUCGGAGCUGCAGUUUUGAUUGCUCUUGGUGUUAUAACAAUCACUCUCCUCAACUUUCAUGUUCGCGCUGCUACUUCGCACUCCGCUGCUACUCUUAACAUUUCUGAUGACUACAUGAGCCAAUCACCAGCCACUGAUGCCAAUUCUGGAAAACUUGUCAUGUUUGGUCGUGAUGAUCCAGACUUCAGCACAGGGGCACACGCCAUUCUCAACAAAGACUGUGAAUUAGGCCGCGGGGGCUUUGGGACAGUUUACAAGACAGUUCUACGAGAUGGGAAGCCUGUGGUCAUCAAGAAGCUCACAGUCUCAAGCCUUGUGAAGUCAAGAGAUGAUUUUGAGAGGGAGAUCAAAAAGUUUGGUAAAAUGAAGCACCCAAAUCUUGUAUGUCUUGAAGGUUAUUAUUGGACAAAAUCACUGCAACUCCUCAUCUAUGAAUUUGUUUCUGGUGGGAGCUUAUUCAAACACCUUCAUGAGAGCCCAGAAUUGAACUGCCUUUCUUGGCAAGAAAGGUUCGAUAUAAUUCUUGGUGUGGCAAGGAGCUUGGCUCAUCUUCAUCGUCACGGCAUCAUCCAUUACAAUCUGAAAUCCAACAAUGUCCUCAUCGAUGGCUCCGGCGAGCCCAAAAUUGCGGAUUAUGGCCUGGCAAAGUUACUUCCAAUGCUGGACCGUUACAUUCUGAGCAGCAAGAUUCAGAGUGCGCUUGGGUACAUGGCACCGGAGUUUGCCUGCCAGGCCGUGAAGAUCACCGACAAGUGUGAUGUGUAUGGGUUUGGUGUGCUUGUGCUGGAGAUCGUAACAGGGAAAAAGCCAGUGGAGUACAUGGAAGAUGAUGUGGUGGUUCUCUGCGAUGUGGUUCGAGGGGCCCUCGAUGAAGGGAGAGUAGAGGAGUGCUUGGAUGGCAGACUUGCAGGCAAAUUUCCUGUGGAAGAGGCCGUGCCGGUUGUGAAGCUAGGCUUGAUUUGCACUUCACAGGUGCCCUCUAACCGGCCUGACAUGAAUGAGGUGGUGAAGAUAUUGGAGCUGAUCAGAUGCCCACAGGAUAGCCAAGCGGAUGACUUGUGUUAGCUUCAUUGAGGCCUUGUCUGGUUUUGUUCUUAUUCUUUCAGAUGUGAUAGGAGAGAUUGGAGGGAGAAGCUAGAACUAGAAUUAUCUGGUUUGAUUAGAUUGGGAGGAGCUGGAUGGAUGGUUUCAGUGAGAUGGGUGAGAAAAGUUAUUGUAAAAGUUUUUGAAGAGAUUAUGGUUAUGUUUCUUGUAUGGCAUUUCUGGAAAUCAAUACAUUACUUUUCAAUUC